AUGUCUAAUAAUAAUCGACACCACUCGCAGGGUUCUGAUCAGCCAACCACGGCACAAUCAACACGCCCAUCCUUUUCUGUUGACGCAACAGAUAAUGAACCCACACCUAGACCGAGCCGUGCAUCAUUAACAGCAGCUGAUCGGCCAAGUAAUGAAACAGGCCGUUCUCGGUCACGGCCUACAGCACCUUCUUCACCUUACGAUGCAAUAAGAGAAGAUGAACACCAUCAUCAUCCAUCACAACAACAACAACAACAACGAGGCGACUUUCCAGAAAUCAGAGCUUAUUAUGCAAACAUGUCACGUCCUCGGUCGGCCGUUAGUGCAUCACCGGUCCCAUCAUCACCUUUGGCGUAUCAUGGCAACGGUAGUAGUGGUGUUGCUAGUGGAAAACGCCGAGCUGAUCGGAGACAGCAGCGACUUAGCAAUGUCCAUCUUGAUGAUCAACAAUCCGAAUACGAGAGUGCGUAUGAAUCACGUACCAAUUUAGGCGAUACUUCAACUGCUGCUGCCAAUGGACAACGGGAUGAUUCGUAUGCGAUUGAUGUGUUGAGUCAUUUAAUGUCGGGUGGUGGUGACGAAGGAAGAUACAUGCGUUAUGCGACAUCAGCUGAUUCGAUGCUAGCAUUGUUGGAAAGCAAACGAUUCAAAAGCAAGUUACUAAGUGAGAGCAAUCAAUCCAUGCAUGAUGCAUCUGCACAAAGCAAUAGUCAUCAACCCAAGAAUACCCUGAUUGGAUACACUGAUCAAGCACCCUAUUCUUCCUGGGGUCCCGAUGAUGCCCUUCCCGCUUCUCUUGGUGAAAUUGAACGCAUCUUUUAUGCCCUUGCCGCCAAAUUUGGUUUCCAACGCGACAAUGUACGCAACAUGCUGGACCACCUCAUGGUCAUGCUCGAUUCUCGUUCCUCGCGAAUGAAGCCGCAGCAAGCCCUCGACACAUUACAUGCUGACUAUAUUGGGGGUGAAGGUGCCAACUAUCGUCGUUGGUAUUUCGCUGCUGAAAUGGAUGUCAUGGAUAUGAAAGAGAAAAAGGAGCAUCAAGUCGACGAUCAAGACGACGAUGACGACGAAGCGAAGCGAUUGGAAAAGUCAAUGGAGCGAUGGAAGCAGCAAAUGCGGUCGUUAUCAAACGAGGAAAAGGUGCGAGAUUUGGCUCUGUAUUUGAUGAUUUGGGGCGAGAGUGCGGUGGUGCGUUACACGCCUGAGACAUUAUGCUUCUUGUACAAAAUAUGCAGCGACUACUAUGUGCAAGCCGAAUGCCCCGAUGCAGAAGAAGGUGCCUUUUUGGAUAACGUGGUGACACCCUUGUAUCGCUUUUUUCGAGACGAGAUUUACGAGGUGAUCAAUGGCAAGCUGGUCAAACGAGAAAAGGAUCACGACAAGAUCAUUGGUUAUGAUGAUGUCAAUCAAUUCUUUUGGAGCCCUUCUUGCAUCAGUCGUACGGUGUUGGCCGACAGCAAAACGACACUCGAGAGCAUGCAACCUCAUGAGCGAUAUCCUGCCCUCAAAGACGUCGAUUGGAAACGCACCUUUCGAAAGACUUACAAGGAAAAGCGCACAUGGAUGCAUGCGUCUAUCAACUUUGCUCGUGUUUGGAUCAUCCAUAUUGUCUCGUUUUGGUACUACAUUAGUGCCAACGCCCCUGCUCUCUAUCUCAGCGAAGACAAGGAAAUUGCCGAUCAAGAAGGGUCCGUUCAAUGGUCCAUUGUGGCUCUGGGUGGUGCUAUAGCAUCCUUGCUUAUGCUGAUAGGAUCGUUUGCAGAGUACUCCUAUCUGCCAAUGACCUGGGCUAAUGCCAAGGGUAUCACACGACGCAUCAUGUUCCUUAUUCUGCUAUUGAUUCUCAAUGCGGGUCCUACCGUGUACUGUGUCAUGAUCGAUCGAACAAGCCAGAUAUCCAAGUUGGUGGCCGUCAUCCAAUUGCUAUUGAGCGUCGCUACAACACUCUACCUCGCCAUCACACCCACUUCUCAAUUAUUCAUGCGUCGCAAAGACAAGUCACGUGCAACAUUGGCAACAAGCAGCUUCACGGCCAACUUCCCUCCUCUCAAACGGAUUGAUCGUAUCAUGUCAGUAUCACUCUGGGUGUGUGUUUUCACUUGCAAGAUGCUUGAAUCCUACUUUUUCUUGGCUCUAUCGUUCAAGGAUCCCAUGAAGGUCAUGAGCAAGAUGCACAUUGAAAACUGCAGCGACAAGAUUAUCGGAUCCAAGCUGUGUUCAACCAUGCCCGAUAUCACUUUGGCGCUCAUGUUUUUCAUGGAUCUCUUUUUGUACUUUUUGGAUACGUAUCUCUGGUACAUUAUCUGGAACACCAUCUUUUCAGUGGCACGCUCGUUUUAUCUCGGCAUCUCCAUUUGGUCUCCAUGGAGGAACAUCUUUUCUCAAUUGCCCAAGCGUAUCUUUGUCAAGCUAUUGGCCACAUCCGAUAUCCAGAUCAAGUACAAGCCAAAGGUCCUUGUUUCUCAAAUUUGGAAUGCCAUUGUCAUCACCAUGUACCGAGAACAUCUCAUCACGGUCGAUCAUGUCCAACGCAUGUUGUAUCAACAGGAAACCAAUCCUGAAGAUGGCCGUCGUACAUUGAAGCCUCCCACGUUUUUCGUCUCGCAGGAGGAUACAGCAUUCAAGACCGAGUAUUAUCCACAACACAGUGAAGCUGAAAGGCGUUUCCAUUUCUUUGCUCAAAGCUUGACCACUCCAAUGCCACAAUCAAGACCCGUGGAAUGUAUGCCAACAUUUACUGUGCUUACUCCCCAUUAUGGUGAAAAGAUCUUGUUAUCUUUGCGUGAAAUCAUUCGUGAGGAAGACCAAAACACACGAGUGACGCUGUUGGAAUACUUGAAGCAGCUGCAUCCAGUGGAAUGGGAGAACUUUGUCAAGGAUACCAAGAUCAUGGCUGAUGAAGCUGGUGUGAACGAGAAUGAUCCUAGUGCCUCCGUAUUAUCCGACAUGACUGAGAAGGAUUCUGACAAGAGCAAGAUCGAUGAUUUGCCAUUUUAUUGCAUUGGGUUCAAGUCUGCCAAGCCUGAAUACACAUUGCGCACUCGUAUUUGGGCAUCUUUGCGAGCUCAAACGCUUUAUCGUACGGUGUCAGGCUUUAUGAAUUAUCGAAAGGCCAUCAAGCUCUUGUAUCGUGUGGAGAACCCCGAUACUGUGCAUAGCUACCACAACGAUUCGGAUAAGCUUGAGCGUGACCUUGACAACCUAUCCCAUCGCAAGUUUAGGUUUUUGGUUGCCAUGCAACGCUAUGCCAAAUUUUCACGUGAGGAAGCUGAGGAUGCCGAGUUGCUUUUCAAGGCCUAUCCCAAUUUACAAGUUGCCUAUGUUGAAGAAGUGCCACCCGAAAAGGAAGGCGACGAGGUGACUUUUUACUCGGCCUUGGUGGAUGGUCAAUGUGAAGUGAUGGAGAACGGCAAGCGUAAACCCAAAUACCGUGUGCGACUUCCUGGUACUCCCAUUUUGGGUGAUGGCAAAUCAGACAAUCAAAACCAUGCCUUGAUCUUUUACCGUGGCGAGUUUUUACAAUUGAUUGAUGCCAACCAAGACAACUACUUGGAGGAAUGCUUAAAGAUCCGCAACAUCUUGGGUGAAUUUGAGCACUUGAGUACAUCGAAUGUAUCACCUUACUCUGGAUCUGCCAAGGAAAAGGGGGGUGCUCCUGUAGCCAUCGUGGGUGCACGUGAAUACAUCUUUUCGGAAAAUAUUGGCGUGCUAGGUGAUGUGGCAGCUGGCAAGGAACAAACCUUUGGUACGCUCACGCAACGCAUCAUGGCCAAGAUUGGUGGCAAGCUGCACUAUGGCCAUCCUGAUUUCUUGAAUGCCAUCUUUAUGACAACGCGUGGUGGUGUCAGUAAAGCACAAAAGGGAUUGCACUUGAAUGAAGAUAUCUAUGCUGGCAUGAAUGCAUUUACACGUGGAGGUCGCAUCAAGCACACCGAGUACUUUCAAUGUGGCAAAGGACGUGAUUUGGGCUUUGGUUCUAUCCUCAAUUUUACCACCAAGAUCGGCACUGGCAUGGGUGAACAAAUGCUUUCUCGAGAAUACUAUUACAUUGGUACACAGCUUCCCUUGGAUCGGUUCCUCACAUUCUACUAUGCACAUCCUGGGUUCCACAUUAACAACAUCUUCAUCAUGCUAUCGGUGCAAAUGUUUAUGCUUGUGCUACUGUUUAUUGGUGCCAUGGGUGCUACGCUGACGAUCUGUGAAUUUGAUGCCGGUGCUCCAGAAGAUGCUCCGUUAACACCAGAGGGAUGUUACAACCUGGUGCCAAUUUUUGAAUGGGUCAAGCGUUGCAUUUUAUCCAUCUUUGUGGUCUUUUUUGUUUCAUUCUUGCCGCUCUUUUUGCAAGAGUUGACAGAGCGUGGAUUUUGGCGUAGCAUCACGCGUCUUGGCCGUCAUUUCAUGUCGCUAUCACCGUUGUUUGAGAUCUUUGUCACACAAAUCUACAUGAACUCGGUGCUUCAAAACUUGGUGUAUGGUGGCGCACAAUACAUUGCUACCGGUCGAGGAUUUGCAACAUCACGACAGCCGUUUUCAUUGCUGUAUUCAAGAUUUUCCAAUUCAAGCAUAUACUCUGGCGCACGCUGUUUCCUCAUUAUGACGUUUGCAUCGAUGGCUGUAUGGAUUCCACAUUUGGUCUACUUUUGGUUUACGGUGAUUGCACUCUUGAUUUCGCCCUUUAUCUUCAAUCCAAAUCAAUUUGCAUUGGUGGACUUUUUGUUGGAUUAUCGUGAGUUUAUGAGAUGGAUGUCACGAGGCAAUUCCAAGACCCACAAGAAUUCAUGGAUUAAUUACUGUCGCAUGUCGCGUUCACGAAUCACGGGAUACAAACGUCGGCACAAGAAGCAAAAUGGAAAUGUGGCUACCAUCGGUGAUCUGCCACGAGCUCGUAUUGGGACCAUUUUUUUCUCUGAAAUCAUUUUGCCCUUCUUGUAUGCUGUUCUUUGUCUCAUCCCUUACCUCUUUGUCAAGAGCUUUGAUCCCGAGGACAGCAACCAGCCCAAUGUACGACAAAGUGGUCUUUUGCGUAUCGGCGUCUUGUCACUAGCCCCUGUACUCAUGAACGCUGGUGCAUUGAUGAUGUUUUUCUUUGUAUCGUUAUUCCUUGGCUCCGUGCUUAGCUUAUGCUGUGCCAAAUUUGGAUCCGUGAUCGCUGCCAUUGCACAUGCUUGGGCCGUGUUUAGCCUGGUGAUCAUGUUUGAAGCACUCAUGCUACUUGAACAAUGGCAUAUACCCACCGUUGUCUUGGGUGUUGUCGCCAUGAUUGCAUUACAACGCUUUGUUCUUCGCGUCCUCACCGUAUUGUUCUUGACGCGUGAAUUCAAACAUGAUGAAGCUAACCGAGGUUGGUGGACUGGCAAGUGGUAUGGUCGAGGGCUUGGAUGGCAUGCUAUUUCACAACCGCUUCGUGAAUACCUUUGCAAGAUUGUAGAAAUGAGCGAGUUUGCUGCCGAUUUUGUGCUGGGCCACAUUAUCCUCUUUGUUCUUUCCAUCUUUUGCCUUAUCCCGUACAUUGACACGGCCCAUUCAUUGAUGCUCUUUUGGCUGAGACCCAGCAAGCAAAUCCGCCCACCCAUUUGGACCUUUAGGCAGCGACGUCAACGUAGGAGGAUUGCCAUCUCUUAUGGUCUACUCUUUUUCGCCAUGUUUAUCCUUUUCGCGGGUCUUAUUGCAGGCCCUCUUGUUGUUGGUCCAAGUUUGAAGCUGAUCAACCCAAGAAAACUCCCAAUCUAA